UGGGACUCAAAUCUUGUGAGCUGUAUGUAAUAGCUUCGAUCUCUAAUCCGAUUCUGUUUCCGAGCUCUCUUCUUCUCUGGCCAAGUCUAGCCCAAAGGUAUGCAAAAUUUCAUGGUUUCAGGGCUUUAGCUUUUGAUGUAAUAGAUGCUUCGUCCGAUUCUACGCUGCCACUGACAAAUUUGGUUUGCGAUUGGGUCUGUCAACAUUUGGCUGUGAUUGAGAGACCAAAGCUGUCCGAAGUUUCUACAGAAAAUGACAACAAUCCAAAGACUCCAAAGGCCAUCAUCCCCUUCCGGUUUUGCUGCUACUCUCAUUCAGCCAUCGUUUAAAAGGUGGGGAAGGAGACACCCUUUUGUACGAUACGGACUUCCCAUGAUCUCUCUCACUGUUUUUGGAGCCCUUGGACUUAGCCAACUCCUCCAAGGCAGUAAAGACAUCGCAAAGGUCAAAGACGACCAGGAAUGGGAGAUGACUGAGACAAGAAAAUCUCUUUCUAAAACUGGACCUGUCGAUGCUUAUCAACCUAAAUACACUUCAAUCGAAGACGAGCUCAAGGCUAUGCAAGGGAAGAUGGACAUAAGCACGUACGAGUACAAGAAAAUUCCAAAGCUUAACGAAGCCAAGUCCAGUUAAUGUCAACUCUUUUAAAGAGUAGUUUCAUGUAUCAGAGUUUUUUUUCUUUUUU